AUGUUCACAGUCCCGGAAGACAAGACGGGUGAUGCUCCGUAUGAGAGAGAAUUGAAACUCAUCAGAGAAAGAUGUGAUGUGUCUGAAGACGAAUUCGAAAAGGGAUUCAGGUUAGAUACGUCAAACAUUAACCCCAAUAAAGCCACAGUUCAGAUAACUCUUUUGAAGGAAGCCGAUAAAUUAUUCGAAGAGGCAACACAAUGGGAGGGCAUCGUGUCUUUGCUGAUCCUCAGCGGAUCAUUAGCAACAAGGUGUGCAGUAAAAGGCUAUAUUUCUGAAGCUAAAGGUAUUCAACGCAAUACAAGCUGGUACAUCAACGACAUACUUGGUCAAUGGAUGAAAGAAAAUGGCGGAUGGGAAGGGUUCCCCGACUGGGCAGAGCGGUUCAACGCGAACGAUUCUGGAUCUCCCAUGCAGGAAAAGAAGCAAAAGAAGCAGCAUACGCUACAAACUAUAAUAAAAACGGUUAAGAAUAAAAUAAAGAAGGACAUCAAAGCAACAGGCCAUUCUGAGAGCAGUUACUGCCUGACUGACUUUGCUAUGUCACCAAAUAACCCCUCUGUGCCACACAUUAUCGAGAAAUGUGUCGACUUUAUUGAGGCAGAAGGCUUGAACGCAACGGGUAUUCAUCAAAUACCAGGAGACCAGGAUCAAGUGGACUUUCUUAAAGCUCGCUUUGAGGAAGAUUCUAAUGUGGACAUCUCAACACUGGGAAUUGAGGUGCAUGCGGUUGCCAUGGUGCUUAGGAAGUUCUUUGCCACCCUCACCGAACCGCUAGUACCCGUCUCUAUCUACGAGGAUCUCAUUGAGGUGUCAUGUAAGUGUUUUUAAGUUGCGUUUAUACUCGGUUGGGUUAAUAUAGCAUCAACAUGAUUCCUCUAAAUAAUUAUGUAUGGCAUAAAGUAAGUGAUGUUUUUGGUGUUACAAACAAUUCAGUCAACAGUUUGAAAAAUAA